CUGACUGGAGGAUUCUGGGAAGGAAGUCCGGAGGGCCGGAGGCGGGCGCGGUUAGCCUGGAAGCUGCUGCGUGGGAGUUAACCACAUAGCAGCUAACGGUGACAUUUUUGUUGCCCGUGGCAGGAACAGCAUUGUCAGCAGCUGUAGAGGCGACUGCAGCGGCGACGGCCUCAUCGGCGACGGCAGAGUCUGGUGUGAUCUGUAUGCACAGAUCUCUUGACUUGCCUGCGUGAAUUCCAUCCCCCAUUCCCAACGGGGCUGGACACAAGCUGCAAGGACAAAAUAGUGGGCCUCAUCGAAACUCAUACACUGUGGGAGAGAAUUGAGGUGCCUACAGCCAUAUACAGGGCCUGAUGUCUUCACAAGGCCCAGGGGCUUCCAGAACCUUCAGGGCCUCCCUUGGCCCAAGCACCUUGGGGAUGUCAAACAACAUGGAGACCCUUAGUCCCUAUUCAUUUUGCCCCAACAACUUGAGAGGCACAGGAUGGAAUCCUAACAUGUUGUGGAGACUGAGUUCUUCACAAGGAUUGAGCACCUCUUGGAGGGGCCCAACCGUCUGGAGGGGUCCCACAGCUUGGCAGAGACCAAAUACUUGGGGGACCCCAGCCUCUUGGCUAGACCCAACCACCUGGCAGGACCCCAGCACCUGGCAAGAUCCCAAUGCCUCACUAGGUGUGAGCAUUCGGCGAGGCCUGAGUACCUGGAGGGGCCCUAACCCAUCAGAGAUCCGGAGCCCUUGGAGAGGCCCCAGCACCUGGCAGGCCCCAAACAAUUGGAGGGGCCCAAGUACCUGGAGAGGUGCAAGCACUUGGCGAGGCCCGAACGCUCCCAGAGGCCGUGGUAAUCCACGGGUGCAGAGCCCCUCUGAGACUCAUAACACCAUGUGGGUCCCAGGCACUUCCUGGGGCCCAAGUCCUUCAAGGGGUCGUGGCAACUUCCAAGGCUGCAGCAGCUCUCAUGGCUGGAAUAAUUCUCAUGACUGGAGCAUUUCUCAUGGCCAGAGUACUCCUAGGAGACCCAGUAUCUCUGAGAUUCCAAGUGUAUCACAAGGGUUGGGUAUGUCAGAGACUCCAGGUCCUUCCUGGGACCUGAGUACUUUGGAGACCUCAAACACCUCACAAGACCCAAGCAACUGGGAGGCCCCGAGCAAUUCCAGUUGUCCAAACACAGGCUUCAGCACUUCAAGGGACCAAAGUACUUCUAAUCAUCUGAAUAUAUCAAGUGUCCCUAGUACCUCAGAGAUUACAGGCAUCUCUGAAAUUCCAAGAGCCUUGAAAGUUGAGGUGGCUUCAAAUGAUCUCAACACCUUGAGGGCCCCAAGAGUUUCUAAUGGCCUAAGGAUCUGUGAGGAUCCCAAUACAUCGACAUCUAUGAACAGGUAUGAGGCCCCAAGAAACUUAAAGGCUUCCAACAUCAUGGAGACCUCCAAUACUUUAAAGGACCCCAGAAUCUCUGAGACUCAAAGCACCUCUAAGGCCCCCAGCACUUCUGAGGUCCCAAGUACCUUGAAGGGUCUGAGCACCUUGAGUGUUCCAAGCACCACAGAGACGGUGAGUGCCUCAAAGACCCUAGACAUCUCAGAGGUCCCGGCUGCCACAAAGGCCCUUACCACCUUGAAACCUCCAAGCAUGCAUGAGACCUCCACCACUUUAAAGACCCUAAGCAACUCAGAGGCCUCUAGCAUGUUAAAGGCCUGGAGUACCUUGAAGGAUCCAAGCACCUUCAGAUCCCCCAGCACCUUAACUUCUCUGAUUGCAUCUGAGUCUCCCAGUACUCCAGAGGCCCCUGGAAUCUCAGCGGAACCCAGCUCUUCAGAGAUCCUUAGCUACUCAGAGGCCUCAAACAUCUCUCAGAAACAAAGAAUCUCAAAGGCUUGGGGUAUGUUGAAGACCCAGAAAAACUCAAGAUCCCCAAGCACUAUCAAACGUGAGAAAAGCUUCAAAAAAGGUCUCCUAACUGUGAUGUUAGGCAUCAUUUUCAUGGUGGGCACCUGUGCUACAGAAAGCCUCAUUUGGGAAGUUCUGCAAAAGUUAGGGGUGCAGCUGAAAAAGAAGUACAGAAUAUUUGGGAACCUAAAGAAGGUAAUCACCCAAGAGUUUGUACAGCGUGGGUACCUGGAAUAUAAGCCAGUGAACAAUGGUAGUCCACUGGAGUAUGCAUUCUUCUGGGGACCUAAAGCCAACCGGGAAAACAGCAAAAUGGAAAUUUUACAAUUUGUAGCCAAAGUUUAUAACAGAGACCCCAGGGAUUGGCCAUCACAAUAUAGUGAAGCUGUGAAACAGGAGGAGGCCAGAGCCAGGAUGAAAACCAAAGCACUGACUGAUGUCCAAGCCCAAACCCACGCCAGAGUUCAGAUACCUGCAGGUGUUUGUGCAAGUUCCAAUACCAAUUUCGCUGGCACUUCCAGUGCUAAUACCAGCAAAAAGUCCUGCAGCUAGUAAAGGAUAAGUCAUAAUGAUCACUUGAUGACAAAGAGCAAUCAGAAGUAAGAACACCAGAUCAAUGGGUAUUAACAAUUUUGAAGAGAAAAGGAGAGAAGGAAAAAAAAAACAGUGUAUGGCAUUAGUGUUUGGGAUUGUGUGAGUAACUUUAGGAUUUAGGUAUUAUUUGAAUAUUGCUAAGUUUUGCCUCUUGCUUGAAGUUCACAGUAUAUGUUUGUCAAUUAGAUUUUUGUAAUUUUUGUAAUGGAUCAUAGUAUUAAGUGUUCAUAACUUUUGAAGAUUGUUUUUCCUAUUGUUGUAGAGAUAUGCCAUAAGUGUUGUAACUGCUUUUAAAAAUGAGAAGUUUUCAUCAUAUACUGAUAUGAAUUAAAUAUAUAGUACUUAAAAUGACGGAUCUAUAAAUAUUUGAAUGGAUUUACAAGUAAAAUAGAUGUAUCCUAAAUAAGGAAAACAAUGACAACAAAACAAACACAUUUAUGUAUAUCCAUCUGUAUUCUUUGUGUUUAUUGUAAGGUUGAAAUUUUCCAUGAUUUAGUUUUCCAUGUGUUAAUUACCACAGAUUACAGAGAAAAAUAAAAGCCUAUUAACCAGUAAA